GUGAAUUCCCUGGACGACAGCGGGGUGCUGGUGGGGAACUGGACCGGGGAUUAUUCCCAAGGAACGAACCCCUCGGCCUGGGCCGGCUCCGUGGGGAUCCUGCGCAGCUUCCACGGCACCGGAGCCCCCGUCCGCUACGGCCAGUGCUGGGUGUUCGCCGGCGUGGUCACCACUGUCCUGCGCUGCCUGGGGCUGCCCACCCGCACGGUGACCAAUUACAACUCGGCCCACGACACCGACACCUCGCUGACCACCGACAUCUACCUGGACGAGAGCAUGCGGCCGCUGGAGCGCCUCAACACCGACUCCGUCUGGAACUUCCACGUGUGGAACGACUGCUGGAUGAAGCGGCCGGACCUCCCCGACGGCUACGACGGCUGGCAGGUGGUGGACGCCACGCCGCAGGAGACCAGCAGCGGCCUGUUCUGCUGCGGUCCCUGCUCGCUCACGGCCGUGAAGAACGGGGAGGUUUUCCUCAAGUACGACACGCCCUUCGUCUUUGCUGAGGUGAACAGCGACAAGGUGUACUGGCAGCGGCAGCCCCACGGGGGCUUUGCGGUGGUGCACGUGGAGGAGGGGGCGAUCGGCCGCAGGAUCAGCACCCUGGGGGCCGGCACCGCGGCCAGAGUGGACAUCACUGACCAGUACAAACACCCCGAGGUGAGUGUGAGUGGCCGCAGGAUCAGCACCCUGGGGGCCGGCACCGCGGCCAGAGUGGACAUCACUGACCAGUACAAACACCCCGAGGGGGUAAUUAGACAUGCAAAUGAGCUCAUUAAUUAUGCAAACGAGCAGGUGAACAGCGACAAGGUGUACUGGCAGCGGCAGCCCCACGGGGGCUUUGCGGUGGUGCACGUGGAGGAGGGGGCGAUCGGCCGCAGGAUCAGCACCCUGGGGGCCGGCACCGCGGCCAGAGUGGACAUCACUGACCAGUACAAACACCCCGAGGGCUCGGAAGAAGAACGCCGCGCCGUCUCCACCGCCACCUCGCACGGCUCCCGCCCGCGCCGCCGCGCUCCGGCCGCGUCCGGCGAGGUCACCAUGACGGUGGCCGCCGUUACGGCCGUGGCCGGAGCCCCCCUGGAGCUGAGGGCGGAGCUCCGGAACGGGGGGGCGGAGCCUCGGACGCUGCAGCUCCGCCUCUCGCUCUGCGCCGUGCGCUACACCGGAGUGGCCGGAGCCGCCUUCCGGCAGGAGCAGCACAGCCGGACGCUGCCGCCGGGACAGGAGGACUCGGUGUCCAUGUCGGUGGCCUUUGGCGAGUACCAGCCCCACGUGGGCGAGCAGGACGCGCUCAAGCUGACGGCGGCCGGGGCGGUGCAGGAGACCGGGCAAGUGCUGGCCAAGGAGCUGCUGGUGCGGCUGCACACGCCCGAGCUCAGCCUGACGCUCCUGGGCGAGGCCGUGGUGGGGCAGGAGGUGCCGAUCCAGGUGGUUUUCCAGAACCCUCUGCCCAAAGCUCUGAGCGGAGCCACCCUGCGCAUGGAAGGGGCCGGAAUCGCCUGCCCCAAACCCGCGGCGCUGGGCUCGGUGGGGGCGGGGCAGACCAUCCGGCUCAGCCAAUCAGUGACGCCGCUGCGGGCGGGCCAGCGCCGCCUGGCGGCUGUUCUGGAGAGCGCCUCCCUCCCCCCGCUGCACGGCAGCCUCCAGUUCCUGGUUCAUACUGGGAGCACUGGGAGCACUGGGAGCGGCGGGGGAGGGGCCGGGAGUGGCGGGAACGCGCUGGGGAAUGGCGGGAACGCGCGCGGGGUUGGCGGGAGGAGGAGGGGGAGGAGGGGGAGGCGCGGGGGGAGCACGGGGGGGUGA